GUGUGCCUUGCCCAAGGUCACUCAGUGGGUUUCAUGGCCGAGCGGGGAAUCAAACCCUAUUCUCCAGAGUCAUAAUCCAACGCGCAAAUCAUUACUCUCUGUAUUAUAUAUGGGAGGCUGGUCUAUAGAGAUUUAGCUGAAAAGGGAAUCAUGUUAGAGAUAAUGCUAGAAAAACAGUUUACGUUAGCAAAAAUGAUUAGUUUAAAUUUUGGAAGUAAAGUAUCAAUGUGCAGGACAACUUGCCUGAAGUGUGGGUGUGAUUGUAUACUGAAGGUAGUUUCUACAGGUGCAGCCACCCAGUAUGGGGGAGAAAGUAAUAUUUUUUGCUGUUCCUGAAGACAAGGUAUGUCUAGGUACAAAAAUGCAGUGACAUACUUGGAUCAACUUAAAGGAUACUUUCUCCAUAUGGGAACAGCUUCUGGAAUAGGCUUCUGCUCAUGGUAGCCAAAUGGGACUCCCAUAUUCUCCACAGGAAAAGUGUUGGGUAUGUGUACAGAUGUCUCCUGUGUUGCUAAAAACCUCUUAAAAUAUUCCUUUUAUGGAACAAUUGCUCACUUUCCAAAUCAAAAGCAACCAGCCACUCUUGGCUACGUAAUGUAAAUACCUGUCUGUGACUGCUCUGCCCUAGGCUGCUUUAUGGGAUACUCAUCUGGAGAAGGAAGGGUGUAAGUCAGUUGGUUAGCUGAGUUACAGUGGUCACUUUCUCCUCCCAGGUGGCUGUGCAGUGCGCCAUGACUGACAUACCUGUUCACUGUGUUUUGCUGUUCAGGAAGUGGAGCUGGCACCAAGAACAUGCAGGUGAGCCCAAAGUGUAAAACAGGAGGAAAUGGUGACACUGGAGGAAGCAGAAGAGCCGGAAUAGGAGACAGCAGAUUGAAACCUGUUGGAACUACAUCCUUCAAUACUGAACAUAAACACCAGUACCCUGCUCACCGCCAAUCAUCUACUGCUCCCAGUACCAGCAGAUAUCAGUCAGAAGGAUCUUUAGAUUCUCUGAUAGAUGGACACACACCACGGAGUGUCAAUGUCAGCUUUUCAUUCAACCCAGAACGUCUUAAGCAAGCUAGACAGCAUGUGGACAGAGCCAUAAAGCAAAGGAAGAUCUUCAUGGUGCAUGGCCCUUACCCUGUGAUCAGGAAACGACUGCUUGGCAGGGGCUGGGUGGAGAAAAAGUUUCCCAAGUUGCCGAAAGCGGCUGCAAAGCGGGAACGCAACCCUGAUGGUGAACGUGAUGAAGAUGGUGAUGACAGUGAUGUGUAUGAUGAUGAGGAAGAAGAAGAGGAUUAUGAACAGGAUGAUGACACUGAUGGUACCUCUAGCCUCAUGUCAAGGUUGGUUCGCAACCAGACCCCCUACUUCAUCUGGACCAACAGGCGUGAUGUUAUUGAUUGCCGCUUUCUGCGCAAGGAACAGAUGAUGAAUCAUUUUGCAAAGGCAGGCACCUUUACCACCAAGGUAGGACUGUGUCUUAAUCUGCGCAACCUGCCAUGGUUUGACCAAGCUGAUGCCGAUACCUUUUUCCCACGGUGCUACCGUCUUGGAGCUUCAGAUGAAAAACAUGCCUUUAUUGAGGACUUCCAGCUCACUGCAGCCAGAAGCCUUCUCAAAGUCGUGGUGAAACGAUACUGGAAUAAAUCAAUUUUCAUAGAAGCUUUGAAUGCUAAUGAGAAUGAGCUCUUAGACAGCCAGUUGUCUCCGGAAGCCACGCAGUGCAGUGGACGUAAGAAAGGUAUCAAUCUCUCAUCCCGACUGAUUGAGACUGCAAUACGUGCAUGUGAGGAGCACUUGAGCAGCUUGAGGCACCAGGACAUUGACAGAGAAUUUGGGUCUCCCCUUCUAAUGACAAAGGCACACUGGAAAGAUUUUCUGCAGGGUUACUAUCAGGUAGCCCAUGAGGGGGUAGAAAUGGCACAAACAGGGGCCCAUGUUGAACGAUGUGAAGAGAUCCUGCACCGACUGGCAAAGGUUGUCCCACAGCUGGGCAUGGAAGGGGAUAAGAACAUUUGGAUUGUCAAGCCAGGAGCCAAGUCUCGGGGCAGAGGCAUCAUGUGCAUGGAUCGCUUGGAAGAAAUUGUGAAGCUAGUGGACUGUGACCCCAUGAUUGUCAAGGAUGGCAAGUGGGUUGUCCAAAAAUACAUAGAGACACCUCUGCUCAUCUUUGGCACCAAGUUUGAUCUGCGCCAGUGGUUCCUGGUGACUGACUGGAAUCCACUUACCAUUUGGUUCUACCGUCAGAGCUACAUUCGCUUCUCUACCCAACCGUUUUCCCUACACGACCUGGAUACCUCUAUCCAUCUGUGCAAUAACUCCAUCCAGAAACACUUUGAGAACUCUCAGAACCGCCACUGUGACCUUCCCCCUGACAACAUGUGGUCAUCUGACCAGUUCCAGAUCCAUUUGCGGCAGAUGGGGGCACCAGAGGCCUGGUCAAACGUGAUUGUGCCCGGCAUGAAGGCAGCAAUUAUUCAUGCCAUUCAAACCUCCCAGGAUUUGGUAGAGUUCCGUAAAAACAGCUUUGAACUCUACGGCGCAGACUUCAUUUUUGGAGAAAACUACCAGCCAUGGUUGAUCGAGAUUAAUGCCAGCCCCACCAUGGCAGCCUCCACUGCCAUCACAACCCGACUGUGUGCCAGUGUACAAGAGGAUACCUUACGUGUGGUUAUUGACCGCAAAUACGACCGCAACUGCAGUACAGGAAACUUUGAGCUAAUUUACAAACAGGCAGCUGUGGAAGUUCCCCACUAUAUUGGAACCAGCUUAUUGGUAGAAGGAUCCAUGGUCAAGAAGCCUCGGCACACAUUCCAGAGAAGCCCUAUCCCUGUUGACAACAAGAAUGGCUGUGAUCCUCAGCAGCCCAAGACCCCUAAGCUUGGUAAUCACAGUGUUUCUCAGGCAGCUACACCAUGCUGGGCAGCAACAAACAGCAAGGGUACAGAGCCAGCAGCCUCCGGGAAGGAGAACAAAACCAAGGAGAAAGUUGCCACCAGCAAGUCCUCCUCUUCUACAUCUGACACAUCCAAGCUGCCCACAAAUCUCAAAGCCAGCCCCCGUAACCGGAAGGUAUUGAUGGCACACAGCCCAGGGGAUGACGUGUCACAGCCAGCUCAACUCUGUGCCAAAUCCAGCUCUCAGAAGCUGGCCGCUGGCUCACGACAAUCUGCUCUCCAUCAUACCAAGCAAUCCAAACUCACGGGUUUAGUGGUGCGGGACCGGGUACCCAGCAAGGCGACCCAAGUGGCAGGUAGGGAGCUGUUUCUGAAGCUGCAGGUGCAGUUGCAGGAAAUGAGGCCUGUCUCUGUCUCUGGGGAGCUGCCCAUCUCCGGUACCCAUUUUUCUUCUUCUUAUCCUGUGAGGCCCAAUGUGCGAAAGUGCCUGCAGGACUUUAGGCAGUGCUUCAUGCAGAAUGUACCUAUGCCCCUGACUCCUUUGUCUCCUUUGACGAUUAAUUUGCCUUCAACAGCAAAGCUUAAUGCCAUUAGAACAUCUGUGGUCAGAAGGCAGGGUCUGAGGAGGGACAAGACAUUCCGGUGAUGAUGGAGCAACCAUGGCCUUGAGCCUGUGGUUGCAGGCAAGCAUUAUGCUAUAGGAGAUCUGGGAGCACUGAUGUGGAACUAUAUGGAUAGGAAAUCAUGUUUCUGGGAGCUGGCCUGUCUGUCCUUCCCAAUAAAGGAUUUUGACAAAAAGUUAGCAGAGUGUAUAAUGGAAGAUUGCCUUUAACAUGUGCAGAUGGGGUGGUUAAGAGUCAGUUUGGGGAUGAUGGAGAAGCCAGGGGAGGCUAGGUGCAGUCAAGGGACUCAGGUGGAGGAGAAAAACACAUAGAAAGGCCUGAAAAUGAAGGUGGAGGCUGUAAAUCUAAGGAUGAGUUGUGUUCUCAGAAUCACAGCCAGAAAGCUCUUCACAAGAACAUUCAUCACUGUAGCAUCAGUAAUUUGCCAGCAGGAAUGCUUCCAGUAUGGUGAGUAGGCCUCCAUCAGAAUUUUUAAUCCAGGGCAGAGUAAAUUACAUGACUGAAGAACCCCAAAGCCAGUGUAGCAGAAAUAUUUACAGCUAAUAAAUCAGUCCCUAGUUAGAUUGCCUAAACAGAAGCAGUCACUAGUCUGUUGAUAGAAUUGUGCCUGUGCAAUGAACCACUCUUCCUGCUAGAAUGUAGGUUGGAUAAGAGACAGCUUGACAUCCAGGGCUCAGAGGGAAAGCUAUCAGGGCCAUGAUGACAAGGACAAUUGGGAGAGUGUUGUCUGAACUGUUGUGCUUGCUAUCAAAAAGUUAAAGCCACCACAAAGAAGUGGUUUCUUUUAAGCUGAGAUGGGGAAACUUUGGUCAGACACUGGUAUGUCCAUGUGCAAGAAGGAUUCAGAAACCAAGUCAUGUUAAUGCUGGGAGUGGUUUAGUACAAAACAAAAAGGAUAAAAUUAGGCUACACUGUGGUGGGCUUCUCUUAUUAUGUUACUUAUGGACAAGAAAAUGGUGGUAGUUUUUUUUUAAUAACUCCGUUUAAUCUCAGAUCUUAUUUAUCAAAAUUCUGGUCUUCAGUUUCUAGAUUGUGACCCACACCUGGUUUACUUCCAGACCUAAGGUGACUUACACCACUCACACAUCAUUUAUCUCUUUCUACACUUCUUAAAGUAGGAGGAUGAAAUUAAGACAGUGAAAACCUUACACAGUAAGAAAAUUAAAAGUGGGUCCCAUAUUGCAGGUUGGAAUUCAAAGGUGCAUACCACAUCUGAAAAACUGAAGACUCCUGUUCUAACUUAACUGAACUGGGUGCCACCAGUACAAGCUAACUGAUGUUUGGCCCUGUCUUUGGAACAUGAUGGCCUAUACUCAGUACUCAUCCUGGCCCAUCACCUGGCUGGUGUUACAGCUUGUGCUUGGCACCAUUUUUUCUUGUCUUUGAGAUCUUUAAGAGAUGCAUUUGAUUAUAAAUAAAUCAAAGUUCUUCACUAAUAUAACCACAAUCUUGUCCCAGGAAUAUGUUAUUUUGUAUAUCUGUUCAUUUUUCAUAAUUGUAAUCUGUUUCCAUUGGUCAUGCAGAGGGACAAAGUACUCAUGUACACAGAUAAAGUUACACAUGUAACUCCUACAUGGCAUUCACUCAUCAUACUCUCCCAGGAACUUGCCCAUAUCUUUUUCAAUGUACAUCUACAGUUUCAAACACUAGAACCUUGCAUCUUUUUUAAAGAAGGAAAUGGGGAUUUUCAAAAUGGUGAACUGUGCAUCUAGCACCAAGAGUUUGUGUGAAAAUGUUAUAGAAAUGUAUUUAUAUAACAGGUCUGUAGCUAUGGGGGCAAAAGAUGCGGUGGUUAAGACGCCACUUCUGAUGAUUGGAAGGUUGGCCCAAGUACUGCAUAAUGGGAUGGGCUCCUGUCACUAGUCCUAGCUUCUGCCAGUCUAGCAGUUGGAAAGCAUGCAAAUGCAAGUAGAUAAAUAGGUACCACUUCUGUGAGAAGGUAGCAGCAUUUGAUACAGUCAUGCUGGCCACAUGACUACCAAAGCAGUUCUUGGACAACACUGUCUCUUUGGCUUAGUAACAGAGAUGAGUACUGCCCCUUAUAGUUGGUUAUGAUUAGACAUUCAUGUCAAGGGACUACCUGUACCUUUUUACUUUUUAUAGCUGUGGAGGCUGGUAAAAAAAGGUUAUCACCUCCCUAAAUAAAAAACCUGGCACCUCCAAAUGGAAUUUUCCUUAAGUACCCAAAUUGUACCUGGAAUUGCACUAGGUUAACAUUUCAGUUGAGCAUUUAGAAAUACAGUUUAGGCAUCCAAAGAGAAUGACCAGGCAGAGCUACUAAGGGAAUGUGAGCACAACAAAGAAUUUCAGGUGUGAACAGUGCUCAUUGUCUCAUUUUAUGCAACACUAGAAAUGUGGGGACUGGAGGAAAUUUUCAUUGGAGGGCCAGAAUUCUUAUUUGGAGGGGUAAUCGCUUCAUUCUUCCUACCUCCCAUAGCUACACCCUUGGUCCACAAUGUUUCCUUUUGCUCUAUGGAGAAAACAAGACAGGAAAUUGCAAAGGUAGCAAGAGGAAUGACAUCAGCCCUUGUAGUUUGUGGGGAAACAAAGCAGUGAGACUUGCUGGUAAGAAGAAACAAAGGAGAGCUUUCCUUUCCCCAGCAAGGACAAGAUAGUUGAAACAGAACCUACUGAAAUCCAUUAGCUUGGAAACGUUUUCCCAGGCUCUUGGAAUGAAGGUAGAAGUUGGAAGAAUAUGGGCAAGACCUUCUGCUAUCAGUAUACCCAUAGAACAUGCUGUAGUGCUGGGGUAGGAGAAAGCAUUUGGCCCUUCACAUGUUUUGAACUUUAUCUCUCAGAAGCUUCAGCCAGCUUGGGGAAUGGUAAGGGAUUGUGCAAUUUGUAGUCCAAAGGAUCUGGAGACCCAAAGCCUUGCCACUCUGGUAUAGUGCCUCACACACAGACCUGUGGAAGUAACCCUCCCCAAAGAUUUCUAGACCUUAGAGUGACACAGAGAAGCCUGAAAAUACAGUGACUGUUGGUAAACAUGAGGAACUGAAGUAAAAUCUGUUGAAGAAUCGACCAGAAAAUUCAAAUGGCUAAGCAUGACCGGAAGGUAUCCUGUUAUGAAAAUGUAUCCUGCAGAGAGAGGAAUGACUUUAGUACAGAGGAUACUUUGUAAAACCUACCCUUUAUAUGAAAUUCCAAAAUACUCCAAAAUCCCAAAUUGUCCACAUUGGUGGCUGAAUUACUGUCACCUUUGCUUUCUGGUGGUUCAGUGUACAUAAACCUUCAUGCACAAAUUUAUUAAACAUAUUGUAUAUAAAAUUACCUUCAGGCUAUGUGUAUAUAUGGAAUAUAUGUGUAUAUAUGGAACAUGAAUGAAUUUUGUGUUUAGAUUUCGGUCCCAUCCAAGAUAAAUUAUUAUCUAUAGAUAAGCAGAGAUAGAUAUUUGAAAUCCAAAAAGAUCUAAAGUCCAAAACAUUUCUGAUCCUAAGCAUUGCAGAUGAGGGAGACUCAUCCUGUAUAAAAAAUCUGCAUGUUACAUUAAUGGAUAAUGAUAAUCAUUGAGUUCCCCUCAUCACUGUGUCUUAAUGAGAUCAUUGUAAGCUUGGCAUUUUCCGUGCUUUUAACCAUUCUGUCACACUGAAUUCAGCAAGUUAAACUUUCCCCGUAACUGAAUCUCCAUUCCAGGGCAAGUGUCUAUAUUUGAGAGUUAUAUGACAAACAGACUCCAACAGAUGAAUACUUUCCUAGUUUAAUAAUAAAUAUCCUGCUUUGGAAUGCCAAAAGUGUUUCCCAUAUGUAUGUCUUGUGUACUAGUAAUAAACACAUUCUCUGGAUGCUUGUGUUUAUAUAGCUAAAAUUGAAUUAAACAUGCACAAGAGGAAAAGAUUCAGCCGGCUCAUGGAAAACCAAAAGUUUACAGAAGUACUGAAAAUCUUUUGGGAGAACAGCAGAGAGAAGAGAAAAACAGCCCAAUGUAGAUUGAGCAUGUCAGUGGCUAUGGAAUUCAAAGUGUUGUGAGGAAAGAUGAAACGGAACAUAUUCCAGGGAAAGUCAUUGCUAUCUGGCAUCUGGGAUUAAGAGAAUUCCACACUGGCAUUUUGUUACAGGUCCCACUAGUUAUCUCAAUAGUUCGUACAAUAG